CGCGUCUGCUCUUCUUUUCUUCUCCCCUGCAGCCGACAAAGCCCCCAAGCCCGACAGCCCUCCCAUGAAGGAAAAAACCGGAAAGCUUCAGGAUCCGCCUUGCUCUGCUUCUUCACCGCCGGUUGCUCCUGCCUUGUGGGGGGCGAAUUGGCCUGGUUUCUGAUUUCUCGAAUUUCCCCUUGAAUUUUCUGCAAUUGCCGUCGGCUUCCUCACCAGCCAAGCCCGGUUUCUACAGCUGGAAAUUCUGGUUCCUUAUCGUUCUUUUAGUUUAACACUGGGAUCGAGUCUUCGGUUUUAUGCGAGUGAGGUAAGUAAAUUUAUGGUAAUGCCCAUAUAGUUUUUAAAAGCAUGUUUUGAUUUGUUUUUGAAGUGGUGGCGGAACUAAACCCGUUUUACACAAGUAUGAUUGAUUUGAAGUGAAAUUUUUAUACUUUUCAUUAAAUUGAGCAUGCCUACUUGAAAUUCAAUUGAUUGUCCUGAUGAUUUGGAAGUGAUUGGUGAAUUAUGAUUUUUCUGUUAACUUCUGCCUGUUUUGUCUCCGAUGUAGUCAUGUUAUUAGUGACCCUGCUAGUGGGGGAGUUUAUAAAUGCUAGCACAUGUCGACAUGUAUUUUUGUAAAGCCGGUUCCUCCUGCGAGUGGGAGUUGUUAAACACUGGUAUUUCAGUGACCCUGCUAGUGGGGAUUAUACACCAGCAAAUAGUGUGCCUGCCAGUGGGAGGUUUAUAACACUGGCCGUGACCUAUAGAGGAGACGUCUAUUUCGUUUUCGUACUGUAUCCGUUUUUCGUGAUUACACUUGUUGGCAUGCUAUAAGUUUAAUAAGGGGCACUCUAUAUUUUACUUACUGAGUUUAUCUCAUAGUUUUUCCUUGCGCACUAUUUCAGGAAACGAAAUCGAGGACGGGGAAACCACGGGAAGUGACGAGUUAGAAGGCUAGCCAUUUCGAGAUUGAUAUAGAUUUUAGAAAUAAAUCAUGAUCUUGUAAACUAGACUUUAUUGGAGAUUUAUGAUAUUAGAGCAAAUUAUAAAAUUUGAUCUUCAGAUUUUGAUGGUAUCAAAUUGUGACCCGCGUGCCCUGCUCUUCUUCUCCCCCGACCCUCUGCACUCGACGAGCCCACCUCGUCACCGCCACCCAUUUCCGGUCGGAAAUCCGGCAAAGCUUGGGGAUUUCUCCCUAUUUUCUUGUCUUAGAACACCUAGUAAACCCAGAAAUUCCCCCUCUUUGCUGGAAAUUCCAGAUCUGCGCUGUCUUCUUUCCUUUGUCCGUCGGCCUCUGCUUGUGUGGGUGUGAAUUCUCGGCUUUUCUGGGGAGUGACGAGUUAGAAGGCUAGCCAUCGUGUAAAUUGAAUAUGGAUUUUAGAUAUAAAUGAUGAUCUUGUAUUUGGAGAUUUUAUUGGAGAUUUAUGAUAUCAAAGAGAUUUUAUAAUUUGAUCUUCAGAUUUUGAUGGUAUUAGUUUGUUAUUUGAAUAAGUUUCGAGCCUUGUG